AUGAAAUUUCAAAUAUUGAACACAAAUUUUCCAAAAACGGAAGAAGGGCGAGUUUACCACAUGGAAGUCAAGAGAGGAGAAGUUGCGAAUAGGAUCAUAACGGUUGGGGAUACGAAUCGAGCAAAGAUGUUCAUCCAAUGGCUUGAUAAAGAUACUCCGGUAUUUUACUUGGAAUCUCAGAGAGGUUUUACUACCGUAACCGGAAAAUAUCAUGGUGUUCCCAUAUCAAUCGUGGGAAUCGGGAUGGGUCUCUCCAUGAUGGAUUUUUUCAUCAGGGAAGUGAGAUCAACCGUGGAUGGACAAUUGGCCAUCAUAAGAUUUGGAUCAUGUGGCACAAUAGGGGCGCCUAAGGUUGGAAACAUGAUUAUUCCAAGCGGUGCAUUCGCGAUUACGAGAAAUUAUAAUUAUUUUUCUAAUGGUGAGGAUGAAACGAGUUCGAAUGGGGAAAAGCCAUACAAUUUCACAAAAGCUUUUUACGCGGAUCCAAUGUUAUGCAAACAGAUUGAAAAGCAAUUGUUGAAUUCUUUUGACGAGAAAGAGAUUUUUACCGGACUGAACGCAACUUGUGACUCGUUUUAUUCAUCACAGGGGCGUCAAGACGAAAAUUUUCGUGAUUGUAAUUCUGACAUUUUUAAAACGAUAACCGCAACUUAUCCAAACACUGUUUCAUUGGAAAUGGAGUCAUUUAUGUUAUAUCAUUUGGCAAGUUCAAGCACAUCGGCACCAUUAAAGCAUUCAAAUAGGGUGUCUGAUAAAGGUAAUAGCAUUAAAGCGGCGGCUACUAUGAUGGUAUUUGUUGAUAGAUUUAAAAAUGAAAUCAUUAGUCCUGAAAAAGUUCAAGAAGUGGAAGUUAUUGCUGGUAAGGCUGUGUUAGAUGCCUUGGUUGAAACAGAGUUAAGUGAGGUUCAUCCUGAAAGCGAAGAAUGCGUUUGGAAUACGAAUACGUCAUUAUCAAGUAUUUAA